UUAAUGAUGGCUGCUUCUUCAUUGAAAAACUUUUCAGUGGAAGGCAUUCUUGGACGAAAAAAUGAAAAUAAUAUUGAGGAAUGUUUUACAAAAAAUUACAAUUUACGAGCUACCCUGGAUCAGUUGUUUCCUAUCAAUUCAAAAUCUCUCUUCAACCCUGCUGUAUUAAACAUUAAAUUAACUCCUACUUUUGAGCUUUUACUUGAUAAUUCCUUCAAAACAUUACAAAUAAAUAUAUCCUCUUCUGAUUAUGAUCAGAAAAAGGUGGAACCCAAAUUUGAAGAGUCCUUGCCUGAGGAGUCAGCUCAUAACAGAGCAAACCAACCCCCAUCAGUUAGCGGACAAUUCCGAUGUGAAAUAUGCUCUAAGACAUUCAGUGCCCAUUACAAUCUGACAAGACAUAUGCCAGUUCAUACGGGUGCUCGCCCAUUCCAAUGCAAGGCAAAUUUGUGGCAAAGCUUUUCGUCAGGCAAGCACACUUUGCAGGCACAAAAUUAUCCACACCGAAGAAAAGCCUCAUCGUGUUUUAAACCGUACACAUGCGAGUACUGCGGUAAAGGCUUUCAUCAGAACGGGAAUUACAAAAACCACAAGCUAACCCAUCAACAAGAGAAACGGUACAAAUGCGAAGUUUGUAAUAAGGCUUUCCAUCAUUCCUACAACUUGCACUUCCACAUGUACACACACCAAUCAGAGAAACCAUUCUCUUGCAAGUUAUGUGAUAAGGGAUUCUGCAGAAACUUUGACUUAAAAAAGCAUUUGCGCAAGAUACACCACAUGUCAACAACGACUGCCUGA